GUCCUUUCAGCCACGGGACCAGGCCACUCCCACGGCUGCCCGAGAUUCCUGGAAUAUGGGGGGGCCCAUCCCUUUAGCAUCUUCGGGUGGCCCUAGCCAGUUCCCUCUUUCUCUUCCUGACCUUCAGGCGAUUCAGGGAGUGAGUGACAGGGGGUGGGAAUAAAGGCCGAGAUCCCAGCAGUCCUGGGCACUGAGAGACAGCGGUGACCAUGAGUGACUUCAAGGAUGUGGACGCGCAGCUGGGCUCCCUGGACGAGGAGGAGCUGAUAGCCAGCGGCGCCAAGCAUUCCUUUCAACGCUUUGGAUUCCGGCCCCCGGGGGGCCUCAGGAGCAUUGCAGGGUUUCUGGGCCGUGGCCACAUCCCCCUGGUGCUGAAGCUGCUGUGCCUCAUGCUCCUGGCCGGGAUCCUGAUGGCCGUCCUCUUCAAAGUCUCCAAGGUCUCCCACUUCUAUGAGCAGAAGAGAUCCAAGCAGGAGGACAUCCACCAAGAGCUAACCCAGGCGGAGGCUGAAAUGGACCGCCUGUGCCGCCCCUGCCCCUGGGACUGGACGUUCUUCCAAGGACACUGUUACUUCUUCUCCAAGUCCCAGCGGAACUGGAAUGACUCUGUCACUGCCUGCCAGGAGGUGGGGGCCCAACUAGUCAUCAUCAAAAGUGCUGAGGAGCAGAACUUCCUGCAGUUGACUUCUAAGAAUAAAGGCAGCACUUGGAUGGGACUGUCAGACCUGAAUAAGGAAGGCACGUGGCUCUGGGUGGAUGGGUCGCCUCUGUUUUUCAGAUUCAUGAAGUUUUGGAACGAAGGGGAGCCCAACAGUCACGGGGAGGAAGACUGCGCGGAGUUCAGAGGGGACGGCUGGAAUGACAGCAGAUGUGACCUUGAGAAAUUCUGGAUCUGCAAGAAGUCUGCAGGCUCCUGUUCCCACGAGUGAAGGCGGGUCUCUCCCCAGGCUCCACCAUGGCCCCGUCCACCCUCCUGAUCCUGCGAGUUCCUCCGCAGGCCUGGGGCAUCAGGAGCUGAGCAAGACUCUGCGGCUCUUCUAUCACGUUCCUCCUCUCCCAGGGGACUGACUGUACCUGGUGCUUCUUCCUCCUUUGCCUCUGGGUUCCCCUUGGCUUUGAGGUUGUGGUUGGGAAUCUAUUUUCUGUUCUAACGUAGCAGCUGCUGGCGGCUCAAGAGCGAAUAUCCAUUGAUAGGAAGGAAUUGAUAGGAAGGAUUAAUAGGAAGGAAUCAGGUUUACUCCUCACCUGGCACCUUGGAGGAGGGAGGGGGCCGCUGUCCUCAAAGCAUUGACCUGGGGAACUCGGGAGCACAAAAGCUUUUAUAGGAGGGAAAAGAGGGACCUUGAGACGGCCGGCAGGAAGGGUGCCUGCUGAACGGAGUUUCCAUCACCUGGCGGGGGCGGGGGUCUCCAUUUUCUCCUCUGGCUGGACAUGGCAGUAAACCUCAACCUCUCGGGGUGUUUCUUUUAUUGAAAUGUACAUAUUCCUUUUCUGCAAGUUGAAGACUUUUACCUGAUUUGUGUUAGUUGAUGCAUAGAAAUAAAAGGAUAAGCACUGACAUCA